UUGUCCAGAUUAUUCAUUACAAUCUAUCUAGUAUCUAGUGAGUCUGUUAAGAAAGCAGAAUGGAACGUUGGCAGAACAAAGUGGCUGUAGUAACAGGAGCUAGUUCCGGUAUUGGUGCAGCAACCGCCACAGAUUUGGUAAAAAAUGGUUUCAUCGUGGUUGCUCUGGCUCGACGCGAGGCGCGCCUUCGUGAGAAUCAACUCGCUCUACCCGAAAAUCUACAAUCUCGAUACCAUCCCAGAAGAUGUGAUGUUACCAAUGAAGAUCAAGUAAAGGAUACCUUCGCUUGGAUUGAAACUAAGUUUGGAGGGACCGACGUUCUUGUUAACAAUGCCGGUGUUGUAGCUAUGGGUGUGGACUUAGCAAGCCCGGACAAUACUCAGCCCAUGCGAAAUAUUGUGGAGACGAAUAUCAUGGCCGUCUUAUAUUGUGUACGGGAGGCGUUCAAUUCAAUGAAAAAACGAAAAGCUGAUGGACACGUUGUCAUCAUGAAUAGCAUCACUGGACAUUAUAUUCCCGUGGUGCCUACAGGCUCUAUGAACAUCUAUCCUGCUUCCCAGUUCGCAGUGACGGCAAUGGUUGAGACCUAUCGUCAGGAAUUUGCGAAUGCUGGAACGAAAGUGAAAGUUACGAGUAUCUGCCCUGGGGGUGUUUCAACCGAAAUAUCACCGGAUGUAGAAGCGCUUAAAGCAGCGGGUCAUCCACUUUUAAAUCCUGAGGACAUAUCUAAUGCUAUACUGUAUGUGUUGAGCACACCACCGCAUGUUCAGGUUCAUCAGUUGACUAUAAGGGCUCUUGGAGAGAAAUUUUAAGCAACUAUUACGAACACAAGCUUUAAUUAGACAUAUCGCUAAAUAUUGGUUUAUAUGCAAGAAACUAAUGACAUUUGUAAUUCAUCUUGAAAAAAUACACCAUUUUAAGUUACACUUUACAACGAAACUGGCUAAGAAGAAUAUAUGUAUGUCGAUUCAGCUGAACGGGUGAGACCAGUUUGUGUGGACAUAUACAAGUAGCUAUGCAAAUGGAAAUUAAUACUUUAGAAAAACCCGGCUGCGAAAAUGUUUGGCUUUUCUUGGAGGCAAAGACGGGGGUGAUUCAUUUG